CCUCCGGUUCCUCCUCCGGUCCCUCCUCCGCUCCUCCUCCGCUCCUCCUCAGUGCACAAUGCGCUGAUCUGUGCUCAGCGUGUGGCAGGAUGAUCUCCGUCGUGUCCACGGUGGAGAGCGCUCCCAGGGGCUCGGGCACACCGGCGCCCAGCCUGUACCAGCGGGUCCGGAAGGUGUUAACCAGGGACCUGCUGGUGACCCUGGCCCUGGGCCAAGUCCUGUCCUUGUUAAUCUGUGCCAUCAGCCUGACCAGCAAGUAUCUGGCUGAUGACUUCCACGCUAACACUCCUGUGUUCCAGAUCUUUCUCAACUACAUCCUGCUGUUUCUGGUCUACACCACCACACUGGCAGUCAGGCAAGGGGAAGAGAACUUACUGGCCAUUCUGAAGCAGCGCUGGUGGAAAUACAUGAUUCUGGGUUUGAUAGACAUCGAGGCCAACUAUCUGGUCCUAAAGGCGUACCAGUACACCACACUCUCCAGUGUGCAGCUCUUAGACUGCUUUGUCAUCCCCGUGGUCUUGCUGCUUUCCUGGUUCUUCCUCUUGGUCAGGUACAAGGCUGCCCACUUUGUCGGGGUAGGACUUUGUUUGCUGGGCAUUGGCUGCAUGGUAGGAGCCGACCUCCUGCUUGGUCGGCAGCAAGGCCUUGGAGAGCAGAAGCUGUUUGGGGAUCUUCUGGUUUUGGGAGGAGCGACACUGUAUGGAAUCUCCAACGUUUCUCAAGAGUUCAUUGUGAAAAACCUGAGCCGUGUAGAGUUCCUCGGCAUGAUGGGACUCUUUGGAUCCUUCUUCAGCGGCAUACAGCUAGCAAUCAUGGAACAUAAGGAGCUGCUGAAGGUGUCCUGGGACUGGCAGAUAGGUCUUCUCUAUGUGGGUUUCAGUGCCUUCAUGUUUGGUCUUUACAGCUUCAUGCCUGUGGUGAUGAAGAGGACAAGCGCCACCUCUGUCAAUCUCUCUCUGCUCACAGCUGAUCUGUACAGCCUCUUCUGUGGCUUCUUCCUCUUUCACUACAAGUUCUCUGGCCUCUACCUGUUGUCGUUCUCUGUCAUCAUCUUGGGCCUGGUCCUUUACUUCUCCUCAAACACCUACGUCGCCCAGGAUCCGAGGGUCUAUAAGCAGUUCAGGAACACAGGCAGCCAGCUGGUCACUGACCCUCCCCUUGUCAGUCGUGGAGUCCCAGAACCUUCUGUUACCUACACCAGCCUGGGCCGUGACCUGGGUGACGAGCUUCCUGUGCGUGUAGCCUAAGAUGAUGUGGGAGGGUUUAGUCUUUUGUCAGCAUGGUUGGAUCAGUUUAAGUGUAUAUAACAUUAGACAGGUAUUCUGGCUGUAGUCUGACUGUAGUCUGGCUGUUGUCUGACUUUAGUCUGAUGGUAGUCUGACUAGUCUGGCUGUAGUCUGACUAGUCUGGCUGUAGUCUGGUGGUAGUCUAGCUGUAGUCUGACUGUAGUCUGGCAGUAGCCUGACUGUAGUCUGGCUGUA